AUGUCAGUUGUAUCUUCAAGGGUUAGUGGUGUCUCAUCAAUUCUAAAAAGUCCUGGUGUUAGAUCGCAACUUAUUAGACAAUCUAAUAGAGUAUAUUUCAAACUUCCAAAAGAUCUUAAAAAUAUUAUUUAUAAUUUCGAAUCUGGCAAUGGAACAAAGGAAUAUGAAGAUUUAAUAUGUAUCUUACAAGAUUCAAGUAUAAAGGAUACAGAUUUAAUAGAGUUUUUGUCAAAUGUAAGGCAAUGUAUAUCAUUACUAGGUCCUUUCCAUAAAGUAUUUGUAGAAACACUUUUGCAAAUAAAAUGGACCAGUCGUUCAUUAGAUGUAACAUCUUCUUAUAAGGCAUUCAUAGAAGAUUUAAUUUGUAUGCAAAUUCAUUAUGCUAAAACUACAAUAGAUAAUUUAGUUGAACAAUUUAAACCAGAAGAAGAUGUUCAAAGGUUAAAUCAUAUACAUGAUAUCCUCCACAAAAUUUUAAAAGUUGUACCAAUGUCAAGCGAACUUCUGUUACAAUCCCUUAUAGCAAGAUUCCCAUAUAUUGUUCAUGGAACUCACACCCAUGAAGUAUAUGUUUAUGCAUUAAUUCAAAUAUUAGAAUAUGCACCUCAGCUGAGAUCCGAUAUUCUAUCUCUAAUUAUUAAUAGGUUAAUGGUAUUAGAUGUAAAUAUACCACGCUUAGAGAUAGAUAACAAAGAAGAAGACUUAAUGGAUGAUGGUAGUGAAUGUGACAGUAUACUUGGUAAUGAAAAUAAUGUUGAAGAAAAUAAUAUAACAGAAACAGAUAAAAUACAUCCAAUAGCUCAUAAAUUGGAUGUGUGUAUGGAACUGAUUCUAAAAUAUAUGCAUCACUCUUGUUUUGUAAAUGGUGUCUUGCAAAUAGAACAUUUAAAAAGUCUCUAUUUUGAUAUAUUACAAAUAUUUGAAACAGUCGUAUUACCCACUCAUGCAAGUCAAUAUGUGCAGUACAUUACAUUCUAUAUUUGUAGUUUUAAAACAGCUGUUGUGGAGGCUUUUGUAGAUUGGUUAUGGCGCAAAGUAUCAGAUCCUAAUACACCUUCUGUUAUACGACAUAUAUAUAUAAUUUGCAAUUUAAAAAAAUAAUUUUUUUUACACAUUUUCAUUAGGUUGGUAAAAGCAGUGCAAUUUAGAAUGUCUAAAUGGAUACAUGACUAUAUCAAUAUGCAAGAUUACUCAAAGUACAUAGACGACGAAAGUAAAGAACAUAGUGUAUUUUAUUCUGUUUGUCAAGCAUUAUUUCUUAUAAUUACUAAAAGACAUAAUGACUAUCCUGAUUCAAAAAAAUAUAUGUUAUAUUUACAAGAGUUGGAUUUAGCAAAAAUUAUAACAUGUAAAUUAAAUCCAUUAAAAGCUUGUCAUCCUGAUAUUGUGCAUAAUUUUGCAGAAAUUACUCGAAUGUAUCAAUUGGCAUAUUGUUAUACUAUAAUUGAAAAUAAUACACGAAAUCAGCUUCCAAUUUUCGAUAGUAAAAAUUCAACAAUAUCUAUAGUCGAAAAUUUUUUCCCAUUUAAUUCUUAUACAUUACCACGAAGUGGACAGAGAAUAAUUUCUCUUUUGCGUCAUAAUGUUAGCAGCAGUGAAUGCAGAACAACUAUUAAAUAUAAGGAAGAUAUUGAAUAUAUGACUACAUAUUAG